AUGUCCCACCAGCGCACCAUCCAACGUCUCGCUCUCUCGCUCCUAACAAUCUUUUCCACCUUUACUCCAGCCACAUCAGCGGCUACACCACCGACCCUCGCCAGCAUCUCGCACCCGGUCCUCCCGAACCUCCCGAACCCAAACAGCACCAUCAGUUUCGAUCCACCCCGAAUCGUGAUCAAAAUCGACGCCACGCACGACAUCCACUUCACCCAAUACCGGCACUUGUUCCCCGAACGCAACUAUUUCGCCGCCAUCAUCUCCCUCCAAACGUCCCUGAUUGCGCAGUACUUCGAGCGGCAAGGGGAGGAUUUGGACACGGGGGCGUUGAGCCUGGAUGCAUAUGGGGCAGAAAUCUACCUCGACAAUCUGACGGGGCGGUUGACGUAUGCGAUGGCGCAUAGGAUGUUGGGGGAGUUGGGGGAAUUCUUGAUGGGGGGGUAUCGGUGUGUGGCGCGGUUUGAACUUUGGGAGACACAGGGAGCGCAGGCGGAGCAGCUUAGUGUGGGAUGGCUUGAGCCGGAGGAUACGAACAAGAAUGCUGUAUGA